UUCAGCUUCUCUGGCUGGACGCCUCGAUUUCGCACUCAUCGAUAUCGCUCCCGUGGUCAUCGAUCCUCUGCUCGAUCUCUCUUCUUCGCCUCCCUUCUACUCGUCGCUGCUGCUUGGAAACGGGAGGCGAGCUUCGUAAAUCGGGGGAAGAGAGUUCGCACUUGUGAUGUUCGUCAAGCACCUUUUAGAGAAGGCCAAGGGGCAGAUUUUGCAACAUGGAAAUAUGGCACCAAGCAGCCAAGAUUUUCAAGUUGCCAUGCAUUAUGGUAUUCCAUAUACUGCAUCUAUUCUUGCUUUUGACGCCGUUCAGCGACUCUUGGCAAUAGGAACACUGGAUGGCAGAAUAAAGAUAAUUGGUGGUGAUAAUAUCGAAGGCCUUCUUAUAUCACUGAAGAAAAUUCCCUACAAGUAUUUAGAGUUCCUCGACAAUAAAGGGUUUAUUAUUGGUGUUUCAAAUGAGAAUGACAUUCAGGUUUGGGAUCUCCAAUGUAGGAAAUUAUCUUAUUCGGUACAGUGGGAAGCCAACAUUACUGCCUUUGCUGUUAUUAGUGGAACUUAUUUGAUGUAUGUUGGGGAUGAGAAUGGGCUACUUUCCGUGCUGAAGUAUGAUUCAGAAAAUGAAAAGCUGUUGAGCAUGCCGUAUAAUAUUCCACUAAAGCCCCUUUCAGCUAUUUUCACAGAAUCACUUGGUGUUUCAAUCCCUGACCAACAACAGAUAGUGGGAAUUUUGCCACAACCUGGUAUCUCUGGCACCAGGGUACUUAUUGCAUAUGAGAACGGACUAAUUAUACUCUGGGACAUUUGUGAAAACUGCGCCAUUACUAUGAGAAGUUCUAGGGAUUUGCAGCUGAAGGUUAAGAAAGAGGGCGAUCCUUUCUCCAAAGCUUCCAAUGACCUAUCUAACACCAUAGCUGACGAACCGGAGGAGAAAGAGAUUUGCUCCAUUUGCUGGGUCUCUAACUCGGAUCCCAUUCUUGCUGUCGGUUAUAUUGACGGGGAUAUAUUGUUAUGGGAUCUUUCUGUAAGUUCCUCGGUCAAAGGGAAAGAAAGUGGUGUACCUUCUAAGAAUGUCGUUAAAUUGCAGCUUGCUUCUGGAGAUCGCAGGCUCCCUGUCAUUGUUUUGCACUGGUCUGCUGAUGCUAAAUCGAAUAAUGACAAAAGCGGACAACUUUUUGUCUAUGGUGGCGAUGAUAUGGGGUCAGAAGAAGUUAUAACGGUUCUGAAUCUUGUGUGGUCUGCUGGCAUAGAUACCAUAAGAUGUAGCUCUGAUGUAGAACUAAAUCUUAAUGGAUCCUUUGCAGAUAUGAUUUUAGUACCCGAUGCUGGACCUGCAAAUCAUAACUCUACUGCUGCACUUUUUGUAUUAACUAACCCUGGUCAAGUAAAUGUCUAUGAUGGUGCUGCACUUUCCAUUAUGAAAUCUUCAGAUGGUGAUGUUCAAGCUUUGGCUGAAAAGUUUCCUGUUGUAGUACCAACUAUUGAUCCACACAUUACUGUUACAAAGCUAUGUUUACUACCAAUGGGCCAGAAUUCUUCCAAGGCUUUGUUAAAGAAAGCCUUUGCGAAGCGAAAUAUAACGCCAACAUUGUCAACCAGUAUGAAGUGGCCUUUGACUGGUGGAGUUCCUGGUGAAGCAACCGUUUCUGAAGAAAAUGGCAUUGAUAGACUAUAUAUAGCAGGUUAUCAAGAUGGAUCUAUUAGAAUAUGGGAUGCUACACAUCCCAUUCUGGCACAAAUGCUAGUUUUUGAUGAUAAGAUUACAGAUAUUGAAGUUGAUGGCCAAGGCGCUUCGGUAUCAGCAUUGGAAUUCUAUUUCUUAAAUUUGAGCUUGGUUGUUGGGAAUGAGUUUGGUCUUGUUCGAGUCUAUAAGCUUCAGGGAGGCGCUAAUCGUUCAAAUAUUAUCUUUGUGAAUGGAAGUAAACAAGAAGUUCGCCCCGUGCGCCAAGGAGAAGGAUUUCAUUACACUGCUGCUUUCAAUUUAAGUUCGCCCAUUAGAACUCUACAAUUUGCAAAUUGCGGUGACAAAUUAGCCGUUGGACUUGAAAGUGGCAAGGUUGCAAUGCUGGAUCUGACUUCAUAUACAACUUUAUUUCAAACAGAUUGUUUAUCUAGCACAAGUUCUCAGGUCAUAUCUAUUGCAAUGGAAGUGAUUCCGCAAGUCAACACCAUGAUAAGCAGUUCAAUGCAUCCAAGACCUGAAGAUCUUAAAGAAUCAUCAGAAUUAUUAAUGUUUAUUUUAACUAAGGAUGGCCAUGUUAUUAUUGUUAACAGCACAAGCGGAAAAACAUUGACUUCAUGGUCCAAGCAUUCAAAAAAGGAUUCUGCGGCAAUUUCCAUGUACGUUAUAGAUGGUCCUACAGUCUCAGAGAUUCUGGAUGAGAAGCAAAACGUAUUAGAUGAGCAUUCAUCCAAAGGUGAUUACAAAAAUUAUGAUGAUUUCAGUGGUAACAAGAAACAAGGAAUUGAGCAACAUUCUAGCGAUGCUUCAAGCUCUCCGGAUCUUUUGUUGUAUCCACUUUUUUUACUUUGUUGUGAAAAUUCAGUGCGAUUGUAUUCCUUGAAAUCUGUGCUACAGGGAGAGAGCCGCUCGUGCCGCAAAAUAAAACUUAUUAAACAUUGUUGCUGGUCAACAAUUUUCAAGAGAAGGGAUGGGAAGUCAUGUGGCUUAAUUUUACUUUACCAGACUGGAGAUCUUGAGAUUAGGUCUUUACCAAAUCUUGAACUUGUUGGUGGAAGCUCCUUGAUGUCAAUUUUAAGGUGGAGCUUCAAGACAAACAUGGAGAAAACAAUGAGCUCAUAUGAUAAUGGGCAGAUUACUAUGGUGAAUGGAAGCGAAGUUGCUUUUAUCUCCCUCUUGGCCUGCGAAAAUGACUUUAGAAUUCCAGAAUCUCUGCCUUCCCUUCACGACAAAGUUCUAGCAGCAGCUGCCGAUAAUGCCAUUGCUCUCUAUGCUAAUCAGAAAAACAAACAGGAUACAUCUUCAAGGAUUCUUAGUGGUUUGAUCAAAGGACUAAAGGGGAGUAGAGCAGAGAGCAAUUCAGAUACUUCUGAUUUUACUGUUAGAUCCAGUUCGGAUAAAGUAGAAGACUACUUUUUAAAAGAUCCUUUCUUAGAGCCAUCACCUAGUACAACAAACAACCACAAAGUUGAGCUAAGCAUUGAUGACAUUGAGAUUGAUGACAACCGACCCCAGGCAUCGAGUUCAUCUAAUGUUUCGUGUUCUUCCGAUGCAAAGAAACAUAAGAGAAAAGAAGAGAAUAAGGAAAGAGAGAAGCUAUUUGAUGGUGCAACUAAUGAUGUGAAGCCCAGAGUAAGAACUCCUCAAGAAAUCUUGACCCAAUAUAAGUUUGGCGGGGAUGCUGCUGCUGCAGCAGCUCACGCAAAAGAUAAACUGGUAGAAAGACAGGAAAAACUUGAGAGGUUAAAGAAAAAUACUGAAGAAUUGCAAAGUGGAGCUGAAAAUUUUGCAUCAUUAGCCAACGAGCUUGUGAAAACGAUGGAGAACAAGAAAUGGUGGAAAUUAUGAGUUUAGGAAUAUAUUUGAAAAUGAUUUUUUAUAAUGUUUUUAUUAUUAU